AUGCUCAGUUCUUUUUAUCGGCCUCAGAAUGAGUACUGUAUUGCUGUAAGCGGAGGAUGUGAUACAAUGUUCAAAAUCAUUAUGGACGAAGUCGAUGCGUGUUUCGACAACAUUCGAGUUCUACAUCGGCCACCAAUUGAGUGGGGAUCAUUUGAGAUCAUCAACUCGACGAAUGCUUGUCUUGAGCUGCUGUCGAAUAGUACGACACCAUGGAAAUACUUCCAGAAGAAAAAAAACCUUGCCUAUAUUGAGCCACAAUUUCGAACACCUCGCCAACGGGUUUCAGACAUCGUUAUUCAUCGCGCCAGUCCGACGGCUUUCGCAAUUACGAAAUAA